AUGGCCCCAAAAGACAAGUCCAGGGCUGCUGGCGUCAGCGCAAGCUCAUUCAUGGAUCUCCAGGCGGAGUUGGAGAGGAAGAAGCAGGAGUUCGCCAAGAACAGGGCGGCCGGCAACGCCAUGGCGGUCGUCGGAGGCGCCAAACGGCCGGACAAGAAGGAGCCGAAAUGGGCGAAGCAGAACGCAGGCGUGCACGACCGCGCGGCCCGGGACGUGCGGCAGUUCGAGGACGACGUCAGGCCCAGCUACGACGCCGCCCGCGCGAGGUUGGAGAAGAAGGCGAGACAGUACAAGCUGCUGCAGCAGGGCAAGAGCGCGGGGCUGUCCGAUAAGCAGUAUGGCAGCGUCCUGGUGGACUUCGAGCAAAAGGCCAUCGAGCACUAUCAAUCCGACAGCGAUGACGUUGACGAGUCUUUGACUGUCCCUGUGCCCCCUCAGGAUGCGGAGGAUGAUCCUGUCAUCGAGUAUCAGGACGAGUUUGGGCGCGUGCGGACAGCCCCACGUUCGGAGGUUCCUCGCGAGUUCCUCCCCGACGCUGAGAAGGAGGACGAUGAAGAUUUUGAGUACGUGUGCAAUCCUGUCAAUCACUUUCCCACCUGGGAGCGCAGUAUGGAAGAUCAGGAGAAGAUCAAGGCCGCGCUCGAAGAGGACGAGCUUGCCGACAUCCACUACGACGCCUCGCGCGAAGUCCGCGCGAAGGCUGCCGGCUUCUACAAGUUCUCCGAGGAUGAAGAGACCCGUAGGAGGGAGCUCGAAGCAUUGAAUAAGAGACAUGAAGAGACGCGGGAGGCGCGGGAGAAAGCAGGGGCGGUGGAUGUGCUCCCGGGGCGGAUUGAGGGCAUGCGCGCGGACGAGGCAGCGGGAUCUGAACCCGUGAGGAGUCGUGCGCAGGAGAAGCGGAAGCGCGAGUUGGAAGAGCGAAGGAGAUUGUUGGAGGCGAGGAAGAGGAAGAAGACCGGAAAGGAAGAAGAGUCGCCAUCGGCACCCUCCACCACGGCCCAAGUCCCUCCGUCAACGAAGGCUGUAUCUGACCCGCUUGCAGUUUUGGGAGCACCGCUGGCGAAGACUGUAACCAAUAGAGAUCAACGCUCGGGCCCGUCAAAUGCGGCAGAUGCUUUCUUAGCCCAGGUCGAACAGGAGAUGCUCAAGCGAUAG